AUGAGCUGCUCGGAAGAAUCAAGCGGUGGGAUUGCGCCAGCAGAGGAAUUUUGCCAGAGCGGCCGCGUGCGUUGUGACCGUCAAACAUCCCACGCUGGUACACCGGGGAAAGCAGAAGCAGCCUGCACAGUCUGUGUAAAUCACCUCAGCUACACCGUCAGCGAGAGAGUUGGGCCUUGGUGGGAUGUUCAGUCGCAGCGUAAAAAGUUGACAAGGCAUAUCCUGAAAGAUGUCUCGUUUUAUGUGGAAAGUGGACAACUUAUGGGAAUUUUAGGAAAUUCUGGAUCUGGAAAAACCACUUUGCUGGAUGCAAUUGCAGGAAGAUUAAGUAGGCAAAGAAACCUACUUGGUGAUAUAUAUGUGAAUGGGUGCAGACUUAGGAAGGAAGAAUUUCAUGACUGCUUUUCAUACGUCUUACAGAGUGACAAUUUACUCAGCUACCUCACAGUGGAAGAAACACUGACUUACACUGCCUUACUAGCACUACGUGGACAUUCUAAUGCCAUCAAAAAAAAGGUGAAAUCUGUCAUGUUGGAGCUCAGCUUGAGUCAUGUGGCCAAUCACAUGAUUGGAGGCCACGUCUUUCGGGGGAUUUCUGGGGGUGAAAGACGUCGGGUCUCUAUAGCAGCACAACUUCUUCAAGAUCCCAAAGUAAUUUUACUCGAUGAACCGACCACAGGCCUGGACAGCAUGACAUCCAACCAGAUUAUUGUCCUACUUUCUGAACUAGCUCACAAAAAUAGAAUAGUCAUCUUAACAAUUCAUCAACCUAGAUCAGAACUUUUCAAGUUGUUUGACAGAAUUGGCAUAAUGACCUGUGGAGAGUUGGUGUUUUGUGGUGGAGCUGAAGAAAUGGUAGAAUUUUUCAGCAGCUCUGGCUAUCAGUGUCUGGAAUACUGCAACCCAUUUGAUUUAUAUGUGGAUCUGACUUCUGUUGACACUAGAAGCAAGGAAAGAGAAAUUGAGACUUAUAGUAGAGUCCAAGAAAUUUCAUUCUCAUAUCAAAAUUCAAAAAUAUUUAACGAUACACUGGAGAAUAUUAAAGCAGCAAAGCAAACAAAAGAAUUGUCAACUAUUCCUUUCAAGAGCAGAGCAUCUCCAAACACAGCCAUUAAACUCUGGACACUGAUCAGACGAAUUGCAAGGAAUUUAUCUAGAAACAAGACUGGGAUUAUUAUGCGUCUCUCCCAAAAUCUGCUCUAUGGCCUGUUUGUAGUGUUUUUUUUGAUGAAGCUGAAUAAUGAUCCAGCAAAAGGUGUAGUGCAAGACCGAAUUGGGAUAAUCUACCAAAGCAUAGGUGCCUCACCCUAUACUGGGAUGCUGAAUGCUGUCGCUUUAUAUCCUUCAUUACGAGCUAUUGGUGAUCAGGAAAGCUCAGAUGGCCUGUAUCAGAAAUGGCUGAUGUUGGUGGCUUAUAUCAUCCACAUAAUUCCCUUCAGCAUCCUCAGUGUGGCUAUUUACAGCUUCUUUGUCUACUGGACUUUAGGAUUAUUUCCGUUGUGGGAACGUUUUGGCUGUUUCUUUGCUGUACUUAUAGUGCCACAUCUAGUUGGUGAGCUUCUGACGCUGACCUUACUUGGUUUUGUUCAGAAUCCAAAUAUAGUAAACAGUGCUGUGGCUUUAAUUAAUGUAGCAGGAAUUCUACUCGGAUCAGGUUUCUUAAGGAGUGCAGAAGAUAUGCCCGAGCCAUUUCGAUGGCUGAGUUACCUCACAUUUCAGAAAUAUGGAGUUGAGGUCCUGAUGGUUAAUGAAUUUUAUGGUUUAAAUUUCACAUGCGAACAGUCAUCUCCUAACACCACAAAUGUUCCCUGCUGGUUUACACAAGGGAUUCAGUAUCUUGAUUCGACAUACCCUGGGGCAUCUUCCAGAUUUGUGUUUGAUUUUCUAGUGCUGUACGCUUUCUUGCCUGCUUUAGUUAUCCUUGGAAUUAUUAGUUUCAAGAUUAGAGAUUUAAUCAUCCAGAGGUAG